AUGAAGGCUGCUACUAUUCUCUCCCUCGUCUCCCUGGCCCUGGGCGCUGCCCUCGAGGAGCGCGCCUGUGCCGGCAACAACUGCAACCGUCAGGUCACCGGCACCCGUGCCGGACUCCUGCCCCUGGAGUCCCGCAGGCCCGACUGCUCCGAAUUCCAGAAGGUGGUUUCCAGCCGUCCUCCUCGGUCGUCUGGACCACCAGCGACGCUGAGCCCACCGACUGCCCCGCCGACAUCGCCGAGCAGGGCCUUCGCCGUCGAGGAGCGUCAGGAUGCCCCCACCGCCACGGUCCCCGCCUAUGCCUCGUCCUGCCGCGACGGUGCGGCCUACGCCUCGGCCUGCGACUGCUUCGGCAUCCCGGUCUGGACCACCAGCCCCCGCGCCCGCAUCACCGUCCACCCGACCUCCGAGGCCACCUCGGCGCCGCCGGCCGCCAACUGCGAGAUCGAUGAUCUCUCCUGCCAAUGCGAGUACACCGGUUUCAGCGUCAUGGCCUGGGCGAUCGCCACCUGCCUGCCCGAGUUCUGCGACUACGACACCGGCUACGCCGUCCACGACGCUGCGUACAACGCUUGCGGUUGCCACGAUGCCUCUGUUGGCAAACCUACUCCUACCCAUUAG